AUGUGGCUGUGGCGGCACUGGCGUCGGUGGGCUCGGACGUAUGCGACCAGCUUGCGUCCGUACCAGCAUGAGUGUGUGAAUGCUUGCUUGCAGGCGCUGGAGGAGCGCGGCCUGACGCGGAUUGGCGUGUCAGCUCCGACGGGGAGUGGCAAAACGACCAUGUUUCUCGAAUUGGUCUCUCGCCUUGGCGGCCAUGGGGUGCGGCACGCCCUGAUUCUGGUGAAUGGCAUCACGCUCGCGCAGCAGGCUGCGGAGCGUGCGCGCUAUAUGUUCCCGCACAUGUCCGUUGAGAUGGACCAGGGCGCUCGCCACGUCGCGUCAGGCCAAGCGGAUAUCACGGUCGGCACUGUCCAAUCGCUGCGGCAGCGGCUGGCCAAGUACGAUCCGAGCGCGUUCAAGUGUGUGAUUGUGGACGAGGCCCACCACUCGACUUCUCCCAGCUACCAGGCGAUCCUCUCGCACUUUCACUGCGAUCUUUCGCCUGAGCCAGUCACCCAGGUGCGAACGCCCAUCAUCGGCUUUUCCGCCACCUUUACGCGACACGACGGUGUGGCGCUAGGCCGCGUCUAUGAGGAAAUUGUGUAUCACAAGGACUUUUUAGAUCUGAUGAGUGAAAAGUGGCUGUGUCCGAUCCGAUUCACGCUGAUUCGCGCCGGCUUUGACUUGUCGCGUGUAUCGUCGGCCUCAGGUGACUAUGUCCCGUCCUCACUAGCGCGCGUGGUGAAUCAGGCGCCUAUGAAUGAGGUGGUUGUGCGCUCAUGGAUCGACUUGGCUUGGCAGAAGCGGCGCAUGACCCUGGUGUUUGCGGUGGACGUAGCGCACGUUCAUGCUUUGGUCGACGAGUUUCGCGCUCGCGGCAUUGACGCGCGCGGCAUCCACGGCGGUAUGUCUCUAGGAGAGCGCGAUGCGCUGCUGCAGGCAUUUCGUGAGCAUGCGUUUCCUGUGUUGGUCAACUGCGCGAUCCUCACGGAGGGCGCCGACAUACCUGCCAUCGACUGUGUCUGGCUGGUGCGUCCGACCAAGUCGCGCAAUCUCUUUUCGCAAAUGAUCGGGCGAGGGAUGCGCCAGAGCGUGGGCAAGCAAGACUGCCUCAUUGUCGAUGUAGCGGGCAAUGUGGAAAACGACUUGGCGUGCACGCCCACGCUCUGUGGGCUGGACGUGCAGCCGAUGGCGAAUGGAGAAGUGGCCCUGGUGCCUAAGCGAAGCAGUGCCUCGCGCGCACCGGCGUCGUUUAUGGACCCACCGCAGGAUGUGGCGUACAUUGACUUUGACGAUCCAGAGGCGUUGCGAAGGGCCAUGAGUGCCAAGCCCCAUGCAUCGCUGGCAUCCAUGUCGCCGAACGCAUGGGUCGAUUGCGGUGCCGACACGUAUGUGCUCGGGUCAUUUGACGGCGCCUAUGUCAAGGUGCGCCGCGUCAACGACGAGUGGCAGGCGCACUACUAUACCCGGAACGCUGCGUUCUGGCGCGACUAUGCAGCGGGCCUGGCUGCGUCAUCGCCGUACCUGAAGCGCAAGAUUCUCACGUCUCACGAGUUGGGGCACGCGAUCCGUGGCUCCGAUACCUUCAUGAAGCAGGUUUGUGAGGCUGCAGCGCGCUCGCCUCUAUGGCUGCGCCACUCGGCGUACUGGCGCCGCAUGCCUGCGACGGCCAAGUCGCGGGCCUUUUUAGCCCAAACACUCGCAGGCAAGGGAUCGAGGGAUGUAUCGAUCCCUGAUACCAUGUCACAAGGCGCGCUGCAGCGCACCUUGAUUCGUUUGCGUCAUGGCAGCAAGGCGCUCUGGAGGCACGCUAUGAAGCGGCACAACCGUAGGCAGCCGAUCCCUCGUGACCAGGUCCAGGUGGGUCCCUUGUAG